AUGAUCCCAAUGGUGGCCGCUGAUUCCGUAGCCGACUUGCCAAGCUUUACAAACUACUGGAAUGUCACGCCUCCACUCAACUACAGCGAUGCAUUAUACGCUGGCUGGCCCCAGUUGCCUACCCUAUCUGACAUUGAAGUGUAUAAUGGAGUUGCCCACGGACGCACAUACGCACACCAUCCUGAAAUCUAUGCCCGCAACAACUCCGUCUACCUAAUACACUCGUCCGCUCUGAUCGACGAAGACAGCAUGGGCCAGCAGAUCUGGCUGACCACCUCACAAGAUGGAGGCUUCACAUGGAGCCCUUCAGCGGAAAUCCUACCAUCGGCCUUGCUCCCCAACCAGUCUGCCGAGCUGAACUUUAGCUACUGGUGUAAUGAGGGAAUCCAGCAGCGAGCGCUAGGCGGCCUGACCAUCCUUGACUACAACGAGACGCUCUUUGCCAUUGGCGAGACCACGAACUUUUGGUGCGCCGGCGCUCUGGGUAGCGGGAAUCACGGCGCCGGUCGCGUUGCGCGACCAAUCAGCUACGAUGGCUCAAUCGCCGGUGACCCUUGCUGGGUAGAGAAGACCAACUGGACAGACUACGUUGGCUACCCCGGUACUGUGUACGGGUCCAAGUACGGGAUGAAGUACUGCGAAGAUGCGGCAGCACUGAGAGAGAUUUUACAGAAACCAGAUCACGUACCUGCCUGGAGUGCAUGGCUCUACAACGGCAACAUGUACACCGAGAAUGGCGUCAACUACAUGCAGGAAAACACCUUUGCAGUGUGGGUCGAGGAACUGGGCGUCUGGCAGCGGUUUUGGCGUGACAUUACGGCUGUCAACAACACGAUGAAGAUAUGGGUAGAAUAUUCCUCCACGGGGCUGGACUGGUAUCCCGUCUCCGAGCACCGAUAUGGCAACCGCAUUCUAGAGACUAAUAUUCCUGAUGCCAAGACGAAACAGUUCUUGUUGGAUAUUACCGGCCCAGAGGAUGACAAGACACAUGUUCUGAUUUCAAAUCCGAGGAAUAAUACCGAGCUGGUAAGGCAGCCCUUGUCGAUCGCCACGGCGCGAGGUCUAGGUUUGCAGCAAUAUCGGGGUGUUGGUGUUCUCAGAACCAACGCGAGUGAGCAAAUCGCUCCUGAUACCCGAGACUACAAGAAUCGAGGUUUCAGCUACCCAGCGGCGGUGAGAGUGGGGGACAAUCUAGUCGUCGCGUAUAGUGAGAACAAGGAGAACAUAUGGGUCAGUAUGAUAAGGAUUGAGAAUCUUCCGUGA